AUGGAGGGCAUUCCAGUUCCUGUGCCAGUCUCAACGCCAAUAUACCAAAAAUUCGAAGAAAAUAAUCCUGAAGUUAGUCUUUGCGUGUAUAAAUGGUCUAAUGAAAAUAAGCGUCUUGAGUUCCAGUAUAUAUACAAAGAGGUUAAUCUUCUGGUUAUCUCAGAGCCAGAUGAAAUAGAAAAUCCGCGCUCGCAUUAUUGUAUUAUUAAAGAUAUCCAUAGACUGGUUUAUAACCAUAGUAAGCACAAAGAGCGGAAAUACCUUUGCCAAUAUUGCCUUCAUGAAUGUUCAGGAAUAAAUGGCGCGCCACAAGAGCCAAAAGUUCCAAAAUUAGAAAAGAGCACCAAGGCGUUCUAUAACCAUAAAUGCAUGCCCAAUCCUUACCGAAUAUUUUGGGACCUCGAAUGCUUAACUACAAAGCUAACCCCGGAAGAGAAGGCCCAAUUAACCCGACCUGAUGCAUUAGAAAAAUUUGUAGAUAAAUUGGAAAUAGAGCUAGCAGAAAUUCAGACAGAUUUAUCCACACCUGCAGAAAUGGUUAUGGAACCUGGGGACUAUACAAGGCAUAGAAUGGCAACGGAAUGUUGGAUUUGCAAGAAAGAAUUUCCAAAUCAAAAUAUGCUCAAAACAAUGGUUUGUUGCCCUAAUACCGGAAAUUAUAAAGGAGCAUCACACCAAGGAUGUAAGCGAAAAAAUGAAAUAAUUGGUCCAAAAUGGUAUCAACAGCCUAGUAUUCCAGAUAAUGGAAUAUUCAAAGAAGCGUACAAAUUACCUCUUGAAUGUCAUAAUUAUCGAGGAUAUGAUUGCCAUAUACUUAUGGAAAUUGUAGCUAAAUUUACAGCAGAUAAAAUAAAAUGUAUUCCAGAAAACAUAGGAAAAUAUAAGGCUAUGGAUGUGGGCCAAUUGCGCUUUUUAGAUAGUUUUCAACAUAUGUCUAUGGGCCUCGAAAAACUUGUUGCAACUAUGGAUGGCAAUCUAGAAAAGUUUCCCCUAACUAUAAAGCAUUUUACCGAUAAAGGCUAUACAUUAGACCAAAUCAAGUUUCUAUUUCGAAAAGGAGUUUUUCCAUAUGACUGGACCAAUUCUUGGGAUAAAUUCGAAAAAACGGCUUUACCGCGAAGAAAGGAUUUCUAUUCUAUACUUAAUCAGCAAAAUAUUAGUAAAGCGGACUAUUCCUAUGCCCAAGAAGUCUGGAAAAAAUUUGAAAUGAAAAAUUUUGGUGAAUACCAUGAUUUAUAUCUUGAAACAGAUGUACUCCUACUUGCCGAUGUAUUUAUGAAUUAUACCAUUAUGUGUUUGAAAGAUAAUGGCUUAGACCCUUCCCAUUACGUUUCAGCUCCUGGUAUGUUUAAUGAUUCUUUAUACAAAAGUAGUGGGGCUGAAAUAAAACUUAUAACAGAUAUGGAUCAAUAUUUGUUAGUUGAAAAAGGAAUCCGUGGGAGCAUGUCCAUGGUUAGCCAACGUUAUGCCAAAGCUAAUAAUCCGCAAUGUCCUGAUUAUGAUGAAAGCAAGCCGAAUUCAUGG